CACAGAGCAUCAAGCACCACGUGCGCGCUAGCAUUGUUGACAGACGCACAACUCGUCACAAAGCGCACGAAACGCUCCCUUGCACUUGCGUGAUGAACUUCAAUGGCAUGGCUAUCUUGACUGGGCAUAAAUGCAUCGCGCUGUGGUUUAUUCUUCUGUUAACGCUUAUAUCUGUCGUAAUAUAUCUGGAUGGAGGUUUCGAAAAACAACCCUAUCUCAUGUUUGUUUUAUUCGCUAUUACUGAUGUCUUGUAUGUUUCUUCCAUAAUCUGGACGAUGAUAUCUUCCACAACAUUCACUCUUCCUCAGCGCUACAGCCAUUUGUACAAUUUUUUAUACUUUCACCGCGAUCAGACUGCUCAGCUUGUUUGUUUUCUACUCAAGAUUGCAUUCGAAUGUCUACUUUUCGCAAAAAUCGUUCUACUCAAGGAAGUGCCUGUUUUCAUUCUCCUUUGCCCGCUUUGGUUUAUUCUUUCUAUCAUUGUUUUUGAUCUCAGCAAACGAUUAUAUUCCAUACAACAAUAAAAAUAUUUCGAUUAG